AUGAUUGCGAUGAUGGGGGGGGUGCGCUGUCGAGAUCUUUCUCUUUCUCAUUCUAGCCCCAUCCUCUCAAUUCCCUCCCUCUCUACCACCCGUCCGCUGUUUUAUAUAACAACACAAGAGGGUGGGUGGGGGAGGCGAUAGGGCUUGGGUUGGCUUAGGCUGGCUGGGAAUGGGUUGGUAGCCUGGUUGGCUGUCUCUAUGGGCUGGUGAGUACGGACGACUGAAAAGGAAUCGCCUCUCCGGGAGUCCCGUGGACAGAGCGCGAUGCCGAAAGCCGACGGGGAGCCGAGCGAGACCGAUGCCCUCAUUUUCGAGGAGAAAGGACCCUCUGGUCACAAGGAGCCCUGGCUACUGCUGGGCGCCAUGUGCUUCUCGGCCGGGAUCGGAGGCGGCUUCCAGUAUGGCUUCAACGUGGCAGUCAUCAGCGCCCCCACGGGGUUCAUCCAGCGGUUUGCUAACGUCACCCACGCGCGCCUCUGGGCCUCCCCACUGAGCGGACACGAGCUCACGCUGCUGUGGUCAAUCAUCGUGUCCAUUUUCACGUUCGGCUGCCUCCUGGGCGCCUUGCUCGCUGGUCCGCUCUCCCGUCGCAUGGGCAGGAGAGGCACUCUGCUCUUCAACAACGUGUUUGCGCUGCUGGGCGCCGCGCUCAUGUGGGGCUCCCACGCCGCCGCCUCCUAUGAGAUCCUCAUCGUGGGACGCCUGCUCGCCGGAGUCAACGCUGGCGUGGGGCUGAAUCUGCAGCCCAUGUACCUGGGUGAGAGUGCCCCCCAGCGGCUGCGGGGGGCCCUGUCCCUGUCCUGCAUCGUGUUCCUCACGCUGGGCAUCGUGGUAGCGCAGGUGGCGAGUCUGCGGGAGGUGCUGGGCAGCGAGAAGGAGUGGCCGCUGCUGCUGGCCCUCACGGCGCUGCCGGCGCUCGUGCAGCUCGCCACGCUGCCCGCCUUCCCCGAGAGCCCGCGGUUCCUGCUCAUCGACCGCGGAGACCGCCGCGGCGCAUUGGCCGCCCUGCGCCGUCUCCGUGGCCCUGGCGCCGACCUGAGGAGCGAGCUGCAAGAUAUGGAGGCCGAGAGGCUGGCGGUGGCCGGGCGGCCGGUGUCUCUGCUCAAGCUGCUGCAAGACCGCUCCGUACGCUGGCAGAUCACCUCCAUCGUGGUGCUGAGCGCCGGCCAGCAGCUGAGCGGCCUCACAGCGCUCUACUCGUACGCCGAGUACGUGUUCGUUGCCGCGGGCAUCGCUGCCGACAGCGUCCCCUACGUGAACCUCGGCACGGGGCUCUGCGAACUCCUCACCGCCACUUGCUGUGGGAUGUUGGUGGAGCGCACGGGCCGCAGGAAGCUGCUGGUUGCUGGCUACCUCGCCAUGGCUGUCUGCUGCUGCAUCAACACCCUGUCUCUGGCCCUCCUGGAGCGCGUUUCAUGGAUGCCCUACCUGAGCGUGGCCAGCAUCUUUGCCUAUAUCCUCAGCUUCGGCAUCGGCCCCGGUGGAGUGACGGCUAUCUUGGCGGCGGAGCUGUUCACGCAGGAGGCUCGCCCUGCAGCCUUCAUGCUGAGCGGAUCGGUGAUCUCCCUCAGCCUGCUCGCCGUCAGCCUCGUGUACCCCUUCCUCAUGAUGGUGCUGGGUCCCUUCACGUUCUUGGUGUUCGCCGUGGCGUGCAUGCUGUGCGCGUUCUACGCGGGGCUCGUGCUACCCGAGACGCGAGACCGCUCCUUCCUCGAGAUCAGCCGAGACUUCCAGUCGCUGAACGCGGACAAGCACGGAGCCGCACGCCCUGACCCAGUGGGGGGAUCUGAGGUCCUACAGGGAAAGUCGGGUGGGGUGGGGAUGACGAGAUAGGGCGGUGUGAUGUGGCCCAUCGGUGGCGGGGUCCGAUGCUUGUUGCAGCCUAGCGGUCACCCUAGUUAAUACUGCAGGGGUAUUAAUCAUGGUAAUAUGCACCAAUUCUAGAUUUGAAGCUUUCGUGACUGCAAGGAUUCAUAUUCUUAGGUUUUUUCGGUAAAGUCACGUAGGUAAAACAUCAAAAUUAAUAAAAAUAAAAUAAAACAAAAAUCACGACGUUUCGGAGGCAACACAAGUCUCCGUCAUCAGGUGGGACGUUUUACCUACGUGACUUUACCAAAAAAACCUAAGAAUAUGUAAUAUGCACCGUCUGCUUCUCAGUGGAAUGUUACAACGUGCGUGCUGAAUUUGCCAACCAUUCCGAAUUUCACUGUUCUCACUUCGUGAUGUUAAAAUGAAUGCACUGUUACACCACAUGUAGACUUUUGAUUACGGACAAUGUCUUAGAUGCAUAUGAUUGACUAACCCGUCUUUAAACACUUCAAGAAAACCGAAACUACGGAACAAACAGUUCAAAACGUUUUUUCACUCCUGAGACUCGAAUGUUGUCCGGAAAUCUGUUCACGCGAAAAACUAGAUCACUUUGAAAGUGCCAACUGCAGUAAUUACGCGAUUUGAUAAUUAACAAUUAACACCCGUAAUGUAACCCUGCUAUGUAUAACACAGAUUACAUCACUGGAGCGUCAAUUAAACGUUUUUAUUUUAAUGUUUGUAUUAAAAAUAUAUAAUA